AACCCCCUCGCCCCACUGGCACUUGCUGUCCCGCAGACAGCGACAGUGAUUGAGAUGGGACGAUAUGUCGUUGUGGGCACGGCAGGGGCCUCCCUAUGGGAUCUGCUCAGCAACAUCUCGCAUGAUUACGACUUGCUGUCCCGCCAUCGGCUCGUCUUCCCAACAGCUGUCUAUUUUGCGGCGAGGCUGUCCGCGUUUGCCUUCGUGCUGCUCUCUGCGGUGUACAAGACCAUGCCUGUCAAGCACUGCACCACCUUCCAGAUAGCCACCGCGUCCACCGGCGUGGCUGCCAUAGCCGCCACAGGCCUCCUCUUGUUCCUACGCCUUGCCGCGGUCUAUCACGGACACAGGGUCGUCAUUGGCGUCUUCUUCGCACUGUACCUGAGCGCGGUCGCAGGAUCGAUGACGACGCCCUUUGCGGUCACAGUAGAACGCCUCGGGACCACAGACUAUUGCGUCGACACUGACAUGAAGCCUUACGCCGUUCUGUCUGCGAUCCUGCCCAUGGUGCAUGACAUGCUCGUGUUCUUGGCCAUAUCCUCCAAGCUCUUGUGCAACAGCACCCGCCAAGUACCCACCAUCCGGACUCGACUGCGGAGCUUCUUCUCGGGCAAGGAUCUCCCCGCCUUCUCCGCUGCCUUGCUGCGAGACGGGCAGGCGUAUUAUUUGAUCACCGCCCUCAGCACCUUGGCGCUGGUCAUCAUGCUCUGCACGACGACGCUGCCGAUCGGCUACCGCGGCUUGCUAUCCGUACCCACCACAUUCAUAUCCAAUGCCAUGGCUUCGCGUGUCUUCCGGCACGCCAAA